AUGGAGGUCAUGGGUCAUAGAGGUGGAAUUCACAAGGUGAAGAGGGUAGUUCAUGGAUGGUGCCUUCAGUUGUCUGCUACUGGGGAGAACUACGAAAAUCCAAACAUCUUGGACUGCUGCACAUCCAGGGAUAAGGUUCUACAUCGGUGGGAGGGAAAUGCAAAGAUUAUGAAGGAUAUUUGA